CAAGCAAAUUUCAAAGCUGGAAAUAUACUGCUGCAAUUCGCCAGAAGCCUCAAGUAGAUCAGCCGACGGCAACGGGCGAGAGCCACGGGAGGAGCACAAGAAGAAAUGAAGGCAAGAAUGAUGAGAUUACCAAUUGUCUUCUGCUUCUCAAUCUGUGCUGUGCUGAUCGUGGCGGCGGUAGCCACGGCGGCGCCAAUUGAGGACUUCAAGGUCGAAGAUGGCAUAGUUUUGGUACUCGACGAGUCCAACUUCGAUUCCGCGAUUUCCACCUUCGAUCACAUCUUCGUCGACUUCUACGCUCCCUGGUGCGGCCACUGCAAGCGCCUAGCUCCCGAGUUGGACAAGGCAGCUGCGAUUGUCGCUGAAUCGAAAGACGCCAUUGUUAUAGCCAAGAUGGAUGCUGAGAAGUAUAGGCGGCUCGCUGAUAAAUACGAUGUUGAUGGGUAUCCAACUCUAAAGAUCUUCAUCCACGGAGUGGCAAUGGACUAUUACGGUCCAAGGAAAGCCGAUUUGCUCGUUCGUUACUUGAAGAAAUUUGUGGCCCCUGAUGUUGCCACUCUUGAUUCUGACUCUGCUAUAAAGGAGUUCGUCGAAGGGGCUGGUACUUUCUUCCCAAUAUAUCUGGGGUUUGGGUUAGAUGAGUCUGCAAUCUCAAAAUUAGCUGUGAAGUACAAGAAGAAAGCCUGGUUUGCUGUGGCGAACAAAUUCUCGGAGGAUGUUAUGUUUCAGUACGACUUUGACAAGUCUCCUGCUCUGGUCUCUAUUCAUCCUACUUACAAUGAGCAGAACAUCUUCUAUGGCCCCUUUGAAGAGGAGUUUAUAGAUACAUUCAUUACACAAAAUUUUCUGCCACCUGCUGUACCGAUGAACCAUGACACGCUGAAGAUUUUGAAGGACGAUCAGAGGAAAAUUGUGCUGACCAUUGUGGAGGAUGAACUGGAAGAAAAAUCAAGGAACUUGAUCAAGUUACUGAAGGCUGCUGCAUCAGCAAAUCGUGAUUUAGUAUUCGGUUAUGUCGGAGUCAAACAAUGGGGAGAGUUUGCUGAUUCAUUUGGUAACAAUGGCAAAAAGAAUCUUCCAAGAUCAGUUGUGUGGGAUGGAGACGAGGAGUAUCAUGUAGUUUCGGGCUCAGAAAGAAUGGAGGAGGAAGACCAAGGAACACAAAUCUCACAGUUCCUUGAGGGAUUUAGAGCAGAGCGAACGGAUAAGAGAAAGAUAAGCGGUCCUUCCUUCAUGAGCUUCAUCAAUUCUCUAAUCGGGGUUAGACUUGUGUACAUACUCGUGUUCCUCGUCGGUGUCUUUAUGCUGAUCCAGAGUAUUUGCAAGGAAGAGCCUCUUACGGUUGGUACCCGAGACUCGGUGGAUCAUACUACGACUACCACUACAGCACACGAAGGAGAACGCGCGAGGGACAAGGAAGACUAAACUCAGAGCACUGGUCCCCCAGUUCAUGGAGCACGGUCAGUUCCUACUUGCUAGCCAGCACUACUGAUUAGCACUCCGUUCCGGAAUACGAAUUUUAAUCGAUGAUUUGGUGUUUUGAGUAUAGAAAUGUCUAUUUAAGGUGAUUCUAGAUUAACACGUAAUCGUCCACUGUGGCCGAUCCGGGAUAUAGAUUAGGCUUUUUCCAGGUUAUGUUCAGGAGCAUGUCUACGUUUUUCAGUUCAAGCUUUGGUUUUUCUAAUACUACGAAUGUGUUUGAAAAGCUUAGAUCCGGUUAACCCAUAGAAUCUUAUUCUUGGAAGAAAGGAAGACUCGUGAGGUGGGUAGGUCGAACCGUGUGGGUUGGUCCAAAUUUGCGAAAAAGAUGGUCCAAGACGAGACAGAAUUGAUGGCCAUAUGGACCUUAGCUUGUGGUCCAAAACAAGUGUGAUGUAUUGUUGAUGAAGGACUCUCUUUAUAGUCACAGGCAAGUGUACCAGUUAACUCUCCGUAGUCCAUACCUUCCUUCGUCACUUUUUGGGUUUUAGCAGUAAUAGAAGUGCAUCUUCUUU